CAUAUCUACCUGAGUCUCCGUCGCUAGAGAUAACCUGUACCCGUUUUUUUUAUCCAAUUCUCGAACGAUGCCUGUUGUCCAAGCCGGCGAUGUCGUGGAUAAGGUGUACGACUAUGUCAUUAUCGGUGGUGGUACGGCUGGGUUGGUAUUAGCUGCUAGGCUCACCGAAGACCCAUCAACAUCCGUUCUUGUCAUUGAAUCUGGCCCAGCCAACUUGAACGACAACCUCCUCCUUCGCCUUGCAUCCUUCGCUGCACAAUUUGGUCAGGAGAAGUACGAUUGGUUCUUCCGUACGGUCCCCCAGGAGAACAGCGACGAAACUCAGUAUUUCUGGCCUCGCGGUCGCACAUUGGGCGGAAGCUCCGCACUCAACUUCUUCGCGUAUUGCAAACCGCCGGCGCAGGAGAUCGACGACUUCGAACGGCUUGGAAACCCGGGAUGGAACUGGGCAAACUUCCAGAAGUAUUCCGCAAAAGCAGAAGGAUAUAUUCCCCCUUCUGAAGAGCAGAUCAAGGAGCAGGAGUUGAAUGUAGAUAACUGGAAACUCGGAACUGAGGGUCCUAUCAAGCUCAUUGUCCCUCCACGUGUUACCCAGCCUGAUUUCGCUUCUGCGCGCACUUUGAAAGCCGCAGGCAUUCCACUAGCUCCCGCACCGCUGAAUGGAGAUCCGAGAGGAUGGUACCCGUUCCCCAUAACCGUCGACCCUGAAACCUUCAGCAGGUCUUACGCUACGACGGGAUACUACCUUCCGAACGAAUCUCGCCCGAACCUCUCGUUGCUUCUUGAGUCUACCGUCAUCAAAGUUCUCUUAUCCGACGGUGCCUCCUCUCUGAAGGCCACUGGUGUGGAAUUCACGGUGAAGGGUAUUACGGAGAAAGUUUAUGUUGCCAAGUCAAGGAAAGAGGUGAUUCUUUCUGCUGGCGCUAUCAAGACUCCCCAGCUGCUCGAACUCUCGGGUAUUGGCAGCAAGUCCAUCCUGGAGAAGUAUGAUAUCCCGGUCAAACUGGACCUGCCUGCGGUCGGAGAGAAUGUGCAAGAACACAGUUUCGUCGCUACCUCAUUCCAAUUUAAGGAUGAUUAUGAGCACGAGACCUUUGACAUUCUCCGUGAUCCCUCGAGUGCAGCAAAAGAGCUCGAAGCCUACUCCAAAGGCGAAGGCUUCUUUACCAAAGCCCACCUGGGCUUUGUCUUUGCUCCUCUUGAGUGGCUUUCCCCGCGCGCAAAAGAGAUCCACGAUGCUCAAAAGAAGAAAGUUACAGAGAAUAGGGAUAAAUACCCGGUGUGGCUGCGCGAGCAGUACGACAUCAUGGUCGAACGCCUGGAUAACCUUGGGCCGGGGUGUGAGCUCCUGCCUUUCGCCGGCUUCUCAUCUUUUCCUAACCCCCCGUUGGACGGGAAGAAGUACUUCUCAUACUAUUUGUCUAUGAACCAUCAAUGGUCGAGAGGAUCUAUCCAUAUCAACUCGGCCGAUCCAUAUGCCCAACCUGAAAUUAACCCUCGUUAUUUCGAUGAAGAGAUUGACCUUCACACGUUCGUUGAGACCAUCAAGUACGUCAGGUCGCUCCGUAACUUCUCUCCUUUCAAGGAGCUGUUGGUCGCCGAAGUCAACCCGGGUCCAAACGUUAACACCGAUGAGGAGAUUAGUGCUUGGCUGAAGAAGUCCAUGUCCACCACCUUCCACACCGCAGGGACGGCAUCCAUGCUUCCACGGGAGAAAGGGGGUGUCGUUGACCCUCAGUUGAAGGUUUACGGUACGGAAAAUCUUCGGGUUGUCGACAUGUCCGUGAUUCCUCUACUAUUCGCGGCACAUACGCAAUCCGUGGUGUACGGGCUAGCAGAGCAAGCGGCCGAUAUCAUCAAGGGCAAAUUUUGAACGAACUUCAGUGUGACAAGUGUAACAGUAUUCGACGGAUAUUACAAUGUAGAUAAGAUGUGCUUUUGAUUUCAUACACCUUCUGAGAGUGUAUGAGGGCCUGAUAGAGCGUCGUGCUGACGAAUGGAACAUCAGCUCUCUAAAGAUU